AUGAGCAUAGAUGAGAUGUUGGAACGGUAUCCGAAGAUCGAAGUCGAAAGGGCCAUUCUCGACAGAGAUUUUACCCUGCACCGUGCUCAGACAAUAGCAGGGUUAGAGGAAUCGAUACAUCGUGGAAUUAAUACCGAUAUCUGCAGGCAGACCCUGGAUCAGAUCGAUCAUAUAAUUCCACCACAAGCACCCUUCUAUCCAGAUGUACCCAAGAAUCUAGAUCCUGAUGUUAUAUGGAGGAUUGGGGUCUUAAGAUACGCAUACCGCAACGGCUCUCCGGCUCCGGCUUUACCGGGGCUUAUGCCUGAGGAAGAUAUGAGAAACAUAAGCGCUGUACUGGACGCAUAUCGACGCGGAGAGCUCAAGGUGGAUACAGAUAAAGUAACGGUUUGGUUCGCAGGAAGGAUGGUACUUGGCCCUUGUGUUCGCGAAGGACUCUGGGACAAGAUCAGGUCUGAACGACAGGCAUGGUCUGAGGCAUAUGGGGAAAGUCAGCCAUGGGUUGAGGACGUAACUAUGUGA